CUUUGUUUCACUACAUUUGGAACACCUUGAGGAUUUUCUAUCGCCAUAAAUCCUCCGUAAAAUCGUCCCAGGUGACGCGCUGCUAUCUCCUACCUGAAAGGCUACCAUCAAGUGUUACUCUCUAUCAGAUCGCACCAGAAGCAGCCCACUAUGUCGGAACUCGCAUUCUGCAAAUCAUUCCUCAGUGCCCUCGAUGCGCGUCCGGCAAAGCUCUCUUCAGAUCACAUCGCAGAUGCGCGACAGUACCCUGCGCAAGGUGCUUACACGCUUCCCCGCCUCCCACACCCGCCUCACCCCUCUCGACCAAACCCCCAAUCUACCAGUACAGCUCGCGAUGCCUCCACAGCGUCCACGAUAAACGUAUCUCUCAAACCCAUGAAACCAAGCACACCUACGAUCUCAUUAUCCUCCAUCGACCCCUCCAAAACUUCCAUCUACGACUUGAAGCAGCAGUACGCGACAUCAACCUCCAUACCAGCUGCCAAAAUAAAGAUCCUGUACAAGAAGAAGCCAGUCAUGGACUCAAAGACUGUCGCGGAAAUUAUCGGGACUGGGGCGGGAGGCGAUGUCGAGUUUAGUGUCAUGGUACUGGGUGGAGCCGCUGUAGGAGGGACACCGCCAGUUACAAGCCCACCUGCCGUUGCGCCAAGUGAGGCGGACAAGGGAUUAGCUGGCAAUGUCGGCGAGUCGUCAGGUACUGGUGCUGCAGCGGUUGGACCAAGUGGGAAGGAGCUCGUUGCUACGGAGGAGUUCUGGGGAGACUUGAAGAAUUUCGUGCUGCAGAGGAUAAAAGACGAACAGGAGAGCGAGAGGCUAGUAGGUGUGUUCAGGAGUGCUUGGAAUGAGAGCAAAUAA